AUGUCUAACCUUUCAGAGGUACACGACGUUGCAACAUGUGAGAAAAACCAUGGAAGGGAGGGAAACCCCAACACUGGGAAGCAAAAGAGGAGCAAAGACAAGUCCGUAGAUGUUGGUUGUGCUAUGGAGUCUCGCUUAGCUCGGGUGGAGCUAGCAAUGGGCGAGGUGAAGGGACGCCUCGAUGUUGUAGAGCAAAGUGGGGAGGAGUUCGAAGGAGAGCUCAAGGAGUCCCUAUUGAGUACUCUCAACACCAUGGCAUAUGACCAAAAGGAGGAGUUUGCAUCCUUUAAGGCUCAUGUGUGGGAGGACAUUUCCACCUUCAAGGAUCAAAUGCGGGAGGCGUUGGCCAAGAUAGAAGCUUGUGUUGCUGAGGGGCCUAAGACAUACCCUCCCAAGGAAGGUAGCAGUAAACCAUCUUCAAACAAUGAGGGUAGGCCCAAGCAAGACAAAAGGGACAAGUUCACGCCCAAGGAUAAGUGUUUCUUGUGUGAUGGUCCCCAUUGGGCCAGGGAUUGCCCCAAGAGAAAGGCUCUCAAUGCCCUACUCGAGGAGAAAGAAGACAAUGAGGUGCAUAUGGGGUCCCUACAACAACUAAGUGCCAUCAAGGCUAAGACAGAGAUCAAGACCACAACCUCACAAAAAGGGCUAAUGUACGUGGAGGUGCAUGUCAAAGGUAAGCCCACUCGUACCAUGAUAGACACAGGUGCUACGCACAACUUCGUCUCAACAGAAGAGGCGAAAAGGCUCGGACUUAAAGGGAUCAAGGAGGGAGAAUGGCUUAAGGCCAUCAACUCCCAGGCCCGUCCUAUACAUGGUGUUGCUCGAGGGGUCGAGUUAAACAUCGGGACCUGGAAGGGCACAGUUGACUUGUCGAUAGUGCCCAUGGAUGAUUUUCAAGUGGUGCUUGGCAUGGAUUUCUUACGAAGGGUUAAGGCCAUACCCAUGCCAUUUAUCAGCACGGUUUGCAUUAUGGAGGAAGGAGCUCCAUGCAUGGUCCCAACUAUACACGGGACCAAGGACGGCCCAAAACUUCUUUCGGCUAUACAGCUCGAGAAAGGAGUUAAGAAGGGGGAGACAACAUACUUGGCAGCACUCUUAGAGCCUAAGGAAGACGGUCCAACUAAGGUGCUACCCAAGCCAAUCGAGAAGGUCCUUGAAGAGUUUAAGGAUGUAAUGCCAAAUGAGUUGCCCAAGAGACUUCCACCUAGGAGGGAGCCAGGUAAGGCCAACGAGGUGGCUGAUGCGCUUAGUAGAAAGGCAGAGUUAGCUUCUCUUAGCCAACCAGAGGGGGAACUUCUAGAGUUGAUUAAAGAGGGCCUCCAACAUGAUCCUAUGGCUAAGAGCUUACUUGCUCUUACAUGGGAGGGACAAAGGCGCACGCGGGCAUUGCUGGAAGCGGCCUACUAUUGGCCUCAGAUGCGGGAUGACAUAGAGGCCUAUGUGAGAACUUGUCUUGUAUGCCAACAAGAUAAGGUAGAGCAACAACCACCCAGGGGACUACUGGAGCCACUUCCCAUACCAGAAAGACCAUGGGAGAGUGUCUCUAUGGACUUCAUCAGUGCCCUACCCAAGUCAGAAGGGUAUGGAUCAAUAAUGGUCGUGGUUGAUAGAUUUUCUAAAUAUGGCACAUUCGUGGCUGCACCAAGGGAUUGUAUGGGGGAAGAAGUGGCAAGGCUAUUUCUAAAGCACGUCGUGAAACAUUGGGGUGUGCCACAAGCCAUAAUAAGUGAUCGAGACCCUCGCUUCACGGGGAGGUUCUGGACGGAGCUAUUCAAGUUGUUGGUAUCAUCACUACACUUCUCAACAAGCUUCCAUCCCCAGACCGAUGGGAAAACAGAGCGCAUUAACAGCUUGUUGGAGCUCUACUUGAGGCACUUCGUGAGUGCUAACCAACAUGACUGGGCCAAGCUGCUUGAUGUGGCUCAGUUCUCUUACAACCUCCAACGAAGUGAGGCCACGAACCAAAGUCCAUUUGAGAUUGCCACGGGACAACAACCCUUAACGCCAAACACGGUAAUGACCGGCUACAUGGGGAAGAGCCCUUCGGCAUUUAAGGUUGCCAAAGAGUGGCAAGCAAGGCUAGAUGUGGCUAAGUCAUACUUAGACAAGGCCACUAAGAAGAUGAAGAAAUGGGCUGACAAAGGGAGGCGACCAGAAAAUUUCAAGGUCGGGGACUUGGUACUUGUGAAGCUUCUACCCCAACAAUUCAAGUCCCUAAGGCAGUCCGCUCUCCAAGCGGUAAAGUUACUAGGAAGUGGAUGUCAGGGUUACAUAGCCUCGGUACUUGAUGUUGAUGCAAGAGUUACACCUCUAGAAGAAGUAAAGGUGGUUAAGGAUUUUCCCGAUGUUUUCCCAGAUGAUCUGGUGCAUUUACCCCCUGAUAGAGAGUUGGAAUUUGCCAUAGACUUGACUCCUGGAGCAGCUCCACUGACCAUUAAGAACCGGUAUCCAUUGCCACGCAUUGAUGAUUUAUUCGAUCAGUUGCAGGGAGCCAGGGUAUUUUCAAAGAUAGACCUUCGGUCCGGCUAUUAUCAGCUCAAGAUAAAGAGCAGUGAUAUACCUAAAACAGCAUUUAGGACUCGAUACGGCCAUUAUGAGUUCCUAGUGUUGUCCUUCGGGUUAACCAAUGCACCGGCAGCAUUCAUGGAUCUAAUGAAUCGAGUAUUUCAGGAUGUGCUCGACAAAUGGGUAAUUGUUUUUAUUGACGAUAUCUUGAUCUACUCCAAGACCGAGGAGGAGCACACUCAACACUUGAGAAUGGUGUUACAGAGGUUGAGAGAAUGAUGUGUGAAAUUCGACUGGGCAGAGGAAUGCGAGAAGAGCUUCCAGGAACUGAAAGAGAAGUUGGUGACUGCCCCUGUGCUGGCUAUUCCUGAAGGCACAGGUGGAAUGACAGUUUAUACCGAUGCUUCCAAAGUUGGUUUGGGUUGUGUUCUCAUGCAACGCGGGAAGGUAAUAGCAUAUGCAUCCCGACAACUAAAGGAAUAUGAGAAGAAUUACCCCACUCAUGACUUGGAACUAGCGGCAAGCCUAAAAUACUUCUUCACCCAAAAAGAUUUGAACAUGAGACAGAGAAGAUGGCUUGAACUCAUGAAGGAUUAUGACUGCGAUAUUCAGUAUCAUCCCGGCAAGGCUAAUGUAGUGGCAGAUGCAUUAAGUUUGUGUGUACCCGAUGAUUUGGAUAUACAGGAUAAAAUCGUGAGAGAAGCACAUAGCUCCGAGUACUCACUCCACCCAGGAAGUACCAAAAUGUACAAAGACCUCAAACAGAGUUACUGGUGGCCAAGCAUGAAAGUCACCAUAGCUUUGUAUGUGGCUACUUGUCUUACCUGCCAGAAGGUGAAAGCUGAGAGGCAUCGACCUUAUGGUACCCUUCAGCCACUCCCAGUACCAGAAUGGAAGUGGGAAAGGAUUACAAUGGACUUCGUCACCGGAGUACCAGGUAUACCUAAGGGAAUGGAUGCGAUAUGGGUGAUUGUGGAUCGGCUUACCAAGACUGCUCAUUUCAUUCCUAUCAAAACCAAGUUCUCCAUGACCAAACUAGCACAACUUUACACGGACAACAUAGUGCGUUUACAUGGAGUGCCAGUGAGCAUUGUUUCAGAUAGGGACCCAAGGUUCACUUCCAGAUUUUGGAAAAGCUUACAGCGUGCCUUGGGAUCACAGCUGAAUUUGAGUACAGCCUUUCACCCACAGACGGACGGCCAGUCGGAGCGAACUAUACAGAUAUUAGAAGACAUGCUCAGGGCAUGUGCAAUGGAGAUGAGUGGCAGCUGGGAAGAAUAUAUACCUCUUAUGGAGUUUGCAUAUAAUAAUAGUUACCAAGCUACAAUUGGGAUGGCUCCAUAUGAGGCGUUAUAUGGCAGAAAGUGCAGAACUCAUUUGUAUUGGGAUGAGAUAGGUGAACGUCGAAUGUUAGGACCUGAGAUGAUCCAGAUGACUUGUGACAAGGUCGACGUUAUUAGAGAACGGAUUAAAGCAGCUCAGUCCCGUCAAAAGAGCUAUGCAGACACCCGCAGGAAGGAGAUUGAAUUUCAGCCAGGAGAAAAGGUAUUUCUCAAGAUCUCUCCUACUAAAGGUUUGCAAAGGUUUCACAGAAAGGGGAAGUUGAGCCCAAGAUACAUGGGACCAUUUGAGAUCUUGUCCCGGGUUGGCUCAGUAGCCUACAUGCUUGCCCUGCCACCUUCGCUUGGAAAUGUUCACAAUGUAUUCCAUGUAUCCAUGCUGAAGAAAUAUGUGCAUGAUCCAUCUCAUGUACUACCCGUGGAACCAGGGUACCUAGAAGCUGAUAUGACCUACACAGAACAGCCAGCUGAAAUUUUGGACCAGAAGGUGAAAACCCUUCGCAACUGCUCCAUUUCCUAUGUAAAGGUGCGAUGGGCUGAUCACUCACUUGAAGAAGCAUCUUGGGAGGUAGAAGAAGAAAUGCGAGCCAAGUACCCUCAU